AUGAACAAUGGACAUACCCGGGAAUCCAAACAUCGGAUUGCGGUGUUGGAGGAUGAGGAUGUCGAGACAUUUGUUGCCUUCUGUGAAUAUGCAUACACUGGCGACUACAGUGUGCCCAAUCCUUCGGAUGGCCAAGAGGCAGCCAGGGCUGGGGUGGUGGAAAGCGCCCCCAGUCCCGGGAAUUCCUGGAGAGGCACAUUCCGCUCGGACUCAAUCUCGUCCGCGGUACCUCCACCAGCUCCAUCGCCACCCCCAGAGUAUAGCGGGAGUGUCAAUCAAGACACCGAGCAGGGCCACAAUGAGCCCGAGACUGUGCUGAUGAUCGAGGAAGAGGUAGCUGCGGAAGCAGAGGCGGAGGAGAAAGAUGAGGCACAGGGAAAGGAGAAUAUCGACAAGACAAACUCCCCAGAUCAACCGCCGGAUGCUGUCGACCCUAACCCAGAAGCGGCUGGGGACCAAUUGGCUGCAGACAUGGUGGAUGAACCCGACGAAUGGAGGAAUUGGACAGCAACCACAGAAUCCAAGAGCAAAAAGACCAAAGGCAAGAAAAAGAAGCGAGGCCAGCAGUCUGUGACCAAGGAACCACCCGCCAGCUUGACCCCGCCGUCAACGCCUCCCCUGGACAAACCAAGAGACACCGGACUUCCCCCGGCAGGUGUCCCAGAAGAGACUGUCGAAGCAGCAAGUGGCCCCGAAGCAGCUGCGGAACCCAAUGAUGAGCCGGCAGAGCGAUCAACCGAAGCAUGGGAACGGCCUGCAUUGCCCGAUGAAGGGGCUCUGCAGGAGAAAGCCUGGAUAGAAGUCCAAUACGAAAACACGGAUGGUCCACGGCAGGCACAAGAGGGACCACCCAAGCCGGUCAUCGACAUGUCCUUUGCCCAACAACCAGGCCUGUCACCUCGAGAACCUGGACUGAGUCUGUGGGACGAAUUUGCUGCCCUUGAGUACCUCGAUGCACCCCUGGCCUCGAAUCCACCGGUCGAUCCCUCUCCCGGCCCUGAAUUCCCCUACCUCGCCUUCCACGCCAAGGUCUACGUCUUUGCCACACGCUACCUCAUCCCGGCGCUGGCACAACUCUGUCUGCGCAAGCUGCACCGGGACCUGGUGCAGCUGUCCUUCACGGAGCCCGACACUAUUGAGUCGAGCUCCGAGUCUCGAAAUCUCGGCGGCUUGGCUGCGCGUCAAGGCAGGAUGGUUCUGGACCUGCUCCAUUACGCCUAUACCAAAACGGCUCGUCUCGAGCCGAUCUCACCCACCUCGGCAACACAGCUUCGGGAGAAUGAACUGCGGCGACUGGUCGUGCACUAUGCCGCUUGCAAGGUGAAGGAACUGGCCAAGUAUCACUCGGAGGACAGUGAAACGGGCACACCCUCUGUCAGACCGAUGGAUGCCCAAGUGGAGCGGGCCGAGCAUCCUGCUCCGACGAGUCUCCGGGCGUUGUUGGACAUGACGACCGAGUUGGCCUCUGACCUGGUAUACCGGAUGAUGUGA